AUGGAGGGGCUACAUAUAGCUAUCGACAACUUGAUUAAAGGUAACAUCUUUAAAUGUGCUAAUGUUAAUCAGGUUCCCGUGUCUCACCUUUUUUAUGCAGACGAUGUCAUGUUUAUUGGCGAAUGGAAGGGUGAUAAUGUUACUGUUUUAACCAAGGCUCUUAGUUACUUCUUCUGCAUUUCUGGAUUGAAAAUAAAUCUUGAAAAAUCGUCUAUCAUUGGCAUUGGAGUAGAGAGUAAUGUUGUGAAUCAGAUGGCUACUUCUGUUGGAUGCAAAGCUGAGUCUGUGCCUUUCAAGUAUCUUGGAAUUCCCAUUGGGGGUAGCCCAGCGAGAAUAAGUACGUGGGAUCCGAUCAUAUCCAAAUUCAAGAAGAAACUUUCUUGCUGGAAAGCAAAUCUUUUAUCUAUCGGAGGGAGGUCUACUCUAAUUUCUUUUGUUCUUGGUUCUCUUGGGACUUAUUUUUUAUCUCUGUUCCGUAUGCCUAAAAAAGUAAACAGAAUGCUAGAAGCUUUUAGAGCGAUGUUUUUUUGGGGUGUGCGUUCACAAAAUAACAGAAAAAUCCAUUGGAUCAAAUGGGGUUCUGUUUUAGCUUUGAAAGAUGAUGGUGGAGUUGGAUUUGGUAGUUUAGAGGCGAUGAAUUACGCUCUAUUAUACCGCUGGAGAUGGAGGGCUCUUAGCAAUCCUAAUAAUCUUUGGGUUCGUGUUGUCGCGGCCAUUCAUGGUGAUGGUUGUUUUGUAAACCUCUCGGCUAGUAAUGGUGGUUUAUGGAGUAGAAUUGUUGACAUGGUGAAGCUUAUGCAUGAUAUCCCCACAAUUACUUCUAAGGUUAUCACUCGCAAAAUUGGCAAUGGUAUGAGAACUAAAUUUUGGCAUGACAUCUGGUGCGGUGAUGAUAGUCUUGGCACCAGGUACCCGAGACUAUACGCUUUGGAUUGUGAUAAAACAUGUAGUGUUUAUAGUCGUUGGAAAAAUGGUGGGUGGAGCUGGAAUUGGCGUCAUGAGAUUAGAUCAGCUCGUGAAUCUGAGAUGGUUCAACACUUGACAAAUGCUUUGCCUACUGAUUUGUGUCUUCGAGAUGAGGAUGGAUGGAUGGAUGUGGAAUCUUAA